UAUCAAUCAUGCCAACAAUAAACAGAUUGAUUUAGAUGAUUUAUUCAUGCCUACAACUCAAUCCGAUUUAUCAGCGAUCGAUAAACAUAAUCAACAAUUAUUCAUAGCGAUUCUACUCAUCGCACGUCAAUUAUGCUCAGAAGAUUUUCGAUUAACUGGGAUAAAUUAUAAACAAUGGUGGUUAGAAACAUUUUGUACACCGUUUUCAUCAUCAACAUCAACAUCGGCAAUACGUAACAAUGAUCAACACCAUCAAUCUCAUAAUCCUUCUUCUGCACCUUUUGUACAAAAUAUCAUAUCAUCACGUUGUACUGUGGUGUAUUUUUGUAAUUUACUCAUUGGUUUGUUGCCUUUUAAAAGAAAUGUGAAAUAUUUACAAAUUCAACUGAAUACACGACCGAAUUGGUUUAAUCUCAUGAAAAAAUCAACCAAUAAUCGAAUAAAAACGCAUAUCAAUGAAAUUUAUAUUAAAGCUACUGAAGACGAAAUACUUGAAAUGGAUUUAAACUAUACAAACGAUAUCAUCCAUGAUGACAAUGAUAACAAGAAUAAUAAUCAUGACAAUCUUGAAAUGUACAUCGAAUCUUGUAUCAGUCGAUGGAAUGAUUAUUGUGACAUUACACAAGGACGAUUAGCUGAAUUAAGAGAACACAGUUUUACAAAAAAAGUUACGCUGAUAGAUAAAAAGGCCUCUGACUAUGAGAAUGCGUGUACCACUGCAGGAUGGAGUGAUGUUCUCAGCUGUUUAAAUGAAAUCGCAACACAAAAUAAUGUUCGCAGUGGUAAUGAUGACAUUGAUAAAUGUCGUUUACCGUCAGAAUGGAAUGAAGUCAAUCUAUUUCGUCCACGUUGGCUUCGAUCUACACUAAUUCCAGCUUUAAUGAAUGCUCCGGAAAUUGAACAUUUAUCAACAGAAUUAAAAUAUGCCCGUGAACAAUUAUUACAAGGAAUACGUUCCGCUGGUCUAUCACACUUAUUAAAUCAAACCGAAGUGAAACUUUCUAACAUGAAGUCAAUGAAUAGAACAGUAACAGGAACCAAGAAACAAUCAACCUCUUCCUCUUCACUCAAAUCAAAACAACACAAAGUGUUGAAUAAAACAAAUUCGAAAAUUAAACAAACAAAAAUUGACGAGAAUACAAUUACAUAA